CCGUUUCGGUUUUCUUUCUUUCCAGGCAGCAGAGCUUUUUCAGUCUUCUCUACACUCAAGAGCCCAGCGUCGCCAUCUUCCUGUUUGGAGCAAUGCUUUAACGCUGGCCAGCUUGGGAGAGGCAGUGGCAGAGAGUGAGGGACAGACAGACUGGGGGAAGCGCUGUGUGCUGAGACUGACAGAGGAGACAGGGGAGGCAGCGUCUCUGCGGGAACCAUCCACAGAGCAGGCACCAGGCAGGAGCAAUAGACACAAGGCUGAGGUAGCUGAACCAAUUAAAGUCGAGGAUCUUGAGCCUUUCCGUGUAAAAACAGUCCAGUCAGCCUAUUGAAACCUGCGGAUCUGUCGUCAUUCUGAGCCCUGGAGGUGAGGUGAAAAAGGCCGCCCCAAUCCUUUGUGAAGUUUCCAAUACCUGUCAUCACAGCCAGACCAUUGCGACUUUAGCUUCUUGCCGAUUCGGGAAGAACUUCGCUCUCUCAGUAUUGCACACGCUAAUCCGCCCGGCGAAGGACAGAUAGGUGGACAUUCUCACCCUGGGAUAUAGAAUCUGGAUUCUGUGCCGCUUGAAGGGACAUUUUGGCGUUGGACUGUAAAUCAUGAGUGAAUUCUGGUUGUGUUUCAAUUGCUGUAUUGCAGAACAACCUCAACCGAAAAGGCGACGGCGGAUAGACCGGAGCAUGAUAGGAGAGCCGACAAACUUUGUUCAUACGGCCCAUGUAGGAUCAGGAGAUGUUUUCAAUAGUGGAAUGAACUCCGUGAGCUCAAUUCAGAACCAAAUGCAGUCCAAGGGCGGUUAUGCAGGUCCUCCCAUACCAGUUAAUGUUCAGAUGCAGCUCGUGGACACAAAGGCUGGAUAACGUUUAAAUAAAACCUGUGAUUCUUCUGAGUUCAUGUGUUUCCUCCUCUCAUCCUCCUCUUAACUUUGGUGACUGCUUCUCUGAGUUCUUCAUGAUGAGAAAGGCCUAACAACAACCCAUCACUCGUUUCUGUGGCUGCUCUUCGGUUGGAGUCUCGUGUUCUGCUCUGAAGAUGUCAUUAUUGAGGUGGUCCUGCCCUGCCCCUCAGUGACUUGCAUGGAUUUGGCCUUUGCCGAAGUUAUGGACAUAGCUUCUCAUAUUUUUUUAAAAGAAUACAAAUGGAAUUUUAGCAUAGUCUUCUCUUCAAGGUCUACAAGUGCCAGAGCAAAGCAUUAUCAUAUAUUUUUGAAUUUCUCCAUGUUCUCUAAUCAUGCAGCAUUUUUUUCCCUUUUGUUUUUUUUUUUGUAGCUUUCUUAUUUGUUUGCAAUUUUAGCUUAUUCUUAAGGAUGCCUGAAGGUCUGGAACCUGAAAGCACAAUUACAUUAUUGCGCUCCUUCUAAGAAAGUCAGCAUGGUAGAUGACUGCAUGUAAUGUAGCUCAGUCCAGUGGCUCACUGAUGCCAAAGCAUUUGUUGCAGCGGAAUGAUGAUACUAUUGCUGACAAGUUUCUAGCCAGCAUGCCAGUUUUGCCGAAUGCCCUGCCUCUUUCCUUCCUGAUUCACAUUCAUCUUAGCCUAGCUGCCUGCAUACUUUUAUAUUUGUUCAGUUUAUCCAAUUCCUGUUUAAAAAAUAAGCAAAGACAUUAACUGGCAUUUUUGUAUGAUGGCCUGUGGUAAAUGUGCAAUUCAGCAUACUCCUGUAUUUUAUAUGAACAGAUUUUAAAAAAUGCAUUUGACCAUGAACAGGUAACCAGACCAGUUAUACCAGUGAUACAGUGAUGUGGUAGUGUUCUGUAUAUCACCCUUUAGUUGUACUGCAACAGCUGUUUUAAAAAAAAAUGCCUGGAUUUUGAAUUUUCAAACCUGCCAGCACACCAGAGUGCAGUCCACAUCAAUUUCUGUACAGUUUUGUAGACUUUUCUCUGCAGCUCUUUUGGUGAUUAUCAAACUUUUUUUUAAAAAAAACUAUACCUUUUUCUGGGGGUGGGGGGAGGGUACAAUAUGGAAUUGUGCAAGUUGCCAUAGAUAAUAUUGAGAGCUGUCUGAACAAACUCCAGAGAAAAUUCUGUUCAACAGGGUGGCUUUCGUUCUCCAGCAUAAGAAAGCAAAUAUCUUGCUCAGGUUUAUAAAGGCAUAUUUUUUCUCCCAUUCCACUCAUAUGAUGUACUAAUAUUGCACUGUUUCAUAAUAAUGUUAAUUGUGCAUGGUUUAGUGAUUUUAAAAGCAGAGCUGCAUCAAAAUUUUGUUUUUAGUAGGCAAAACAUUGGCUUGACUCAAGAACGUACUCUGUGAAAUGUGACUCAAGUAAUAUUUUAAGUAGUUUUAGAGCUAGUGUUUUAGUGCCAAAUCAUCAGAACCCAGAAUAAUUUGCUAAGUACUGAAUUGCAGGAAUCUCUGAUACAUAUGUGUAAAGAAUAGGGAAACUUUAUUACAUGGAGCAGUGCAGUACAAAUUGUGGCAGAAUGUCUGACACCAAGAUAUAAAGUAUUUUUGAAAUAUGAGUAGUAUUAUAAUUACUUGAAUGAAUUAGCUGGAUACUGUGGCUUGCCUGCCUUUGGGAUAUGUUGUUAUGACUGAGCUGAAUGCAUCCCAGUACUGGUCCUCUAAACUAUCUGUGGUAAAUGUUAUGUAAAGGGGUGUGCAAAUUGUCAUCACUUAGUGCUGCCAUAGCAAGCCAUUAAUUGAAAUAUAAUUUAUCAUUCAUAUGCAGGCAAAUAAUUUUGUCAGCUACGUAACUGAAAAGUUGAUUUAGCAUAUUUUUAUAAUGCAUACAAUUUUGUACAGGUUCUUCAUUCCUGAGUAAAAUCGGUUUAGUCCAUAAUGGCUUAUAGUUUCAAAGUGACUUCAGAUUAAAAUAAAGGUGUCAUUUGCUCUUGCA